CCGACGAUGAUGCUGCGGAUGCACCUCUCUUUGGGCUCAAGCCGAGGUGUGCUCUCUUACUGAAGCAUUCCCAUUACGUUACCUUGAUGCUGCGAGGCUCGCAGCCUUCCAUAUAGUACUACAAUGCAGUGUCUGAGAUGCUGCACAUUCUGCGUCCUUUGGCUGCCCUGCGCGGCCCUGCUUGAUGCCCUCAGGUUUUUCGGAGCCAGCGGUCGGCGCGACUUCUCCGCCAGAGAGCUGACCGGCGAGGGGGAGUCCAUGGACAGAGGAGAGCUGCAGGACACCAGGCUGGCCUCGCAGAGCUUCAGGGACUACCAGAGCUUCAGGAGUCACCGGCUUGACCGUCGUCAGGGUCAGGCAGCCCGGAAGCAGGUGCCCCUGGCGAGGCGCCCGCCCGCCUCGAACUUCUGCCCGAGGUACCCAGGGGGUGGCUGGCAUGCUGGCAAUAAGGAGGCGGAGCUGAAGCCAACCGACGCCCCCAACGGCGCCACGUGGACAUGGGAGGACUGCGCGCGAGAGUGCGCGCAGAGGGACGCGUGCCAGUACUGGACGCUGCAGCUCAAAACCGGGAGCUGCACCAUGAUGUCGAAGCGGGGGAGGUACCACAGCUCGGACUAUCAUGUCGAGGGCCCCAGGGAUCCAGAGUGCUUGAGGGCACAGCCCACUGGGCCCAUCGCCGGCAUGUACGAGGUGCGCUACAAGGGCCAGCUUCGGGAGUGGGACAUGGUGGUCCACUGCAACAGCUCGGUCAGCCACCCGGGCAUCCUGACCGACAAGAGCGAGCCGCGCAGGUCCGACUUCCACGUCUCCGCGAGCCCGUCUAGCCAGUGCAUCCGGCGGUGGCCCCAGUCCACGGUGCUCAUCUUCAACACGCACGACUCCAGCAAGUUCGAGUGCCUGCAGCAGGACAGCAUGACGAAGCUCCGCGGCAGCCGCUUCUACGCCUCCGGCCAGCUCUUCGGGGACGUGGAGUACCGCCUGACCAAGACCUUCACCUGUGGCUUCGAGCAGGCCGACGGGAGCAACGAGUCGGUCCUUGUCGAGUCGAUCGACGACCAGGGGCCCGAGCUUGAGGAGGAGCAGGAGGAGGACUCGCAGGACGCCCAGUCCGAGCUCAUCACCGACGUGGCCGACGUGGACGUGGCCGCCGAGCGCGCCGAGCAGCCCGCGGCCGGCGCGGACGUGGACGCGGAGGCCUUCUCGGCCGAGGGCUGGAGCAAGGACG